AUGGAUAAUAGUUGGGUGGUGAAGAAUGUGGUAAAUGAACACUUGAACCCCAAUCCGACGCCUACCAAGUCUACACAUAUAUCGAUGUUCAAGGUGAAGAAAAUAACAGAUAUAAUUCUAAAUCAGAUUGUAAACGAUCAUGAAUCAGGCGCGCCAGUUGCACAGAUUUUCAACAACCUAGCUGGUAGACGUAAUGGGGUGGAGAAUAUUGGUUUUACGAAGAAAGAUAUGCAUAAUUUUCUAAAUAAGAGGAUGCGAUUGAGGCUUAGAGACGGAGAUGCUGCAACGAUGAUAAACUACUUAGAUAAAAUGACCAAGGACAACCAAAUUUUUUUCCAUCUGCACCGUGUAGAUAAAACAAGGAGGUUGCAGGACGUCAUGUGGGUUGACGCUCGAAGUAGAGCGGCGUAUAAGUAUUUUGGAGAUGUGAUGGGAUCAGGGAAGAUAAAUUGGGUAGGAGGCAAGUUUAGGUUUGGCUGCGGGAUCCUCAAGCAUGUGAAGGACUUGAAUCCAUAUUCUGAACCCCAUACAGUAAACCUUUCACUUGUUCCUGCAGUUGUAUCAUCUGAGCAUUUGUGGUUUCCUGGAGAAGUAUCAUUCGAUCCAUAUCCUUUCUCAACUGCAUCACUUGUUCCUUGA